UAAAAUUGACUCUCUGUUGCCAACGUGUUGCAGGGAAGCAUGAGGCUCAUUACAGCAUUCAACAUGCAAGUGAGGAUGUAGCAAUUAUAACGAAGAAAUCAGCUGUUGUGCAUGCAGCGUUCUUAAUAGAAACCACAAAGGUAACAACUAUGUCUUUGAGUAACAAGACCCUUAUGGCUGUUGUCAUGACACGAACCGUCAAACCUCUGAGUGACGAAGAGCUUGGAAGUUCUCGUUUCUCACAGUUGUCACAGCCAGAUGAUUUGUUUUCUUGGAAUUCUGUAAUAACAGAAGGACUAUUUCCCAAAUUUAGAGAGAUGAAGUCUGAAAUGAUGCUUAUACUUGAAGCUACAAGGCCAUUGUCUGAGACCAUUUCUUUGCCUUCUAAUUUGUUAUCAGACCAGCUUGUUAUUGAAUUACAAAUUGGGACUCGUGUGAGUUUGCAGGAACUGCGUCAGCGAUUGAAGGAAGAUGGGUUCUUUGUACGCAACGUGGAUGAAGCACUGCAACAGUAUUCUGAGAAUGAAAUUGAAACGUUGGUCAAGGAAUUUGUUGAAAACUGGGAUGGUCAAGUUUCUGACUCACUGUUGGCACUUUCUCAUGGUCUAAUGUAUGCCAAUAGACCUGCAAUUUCAGCAUUUUUGUGCUAUGUUCUACUGUCACCUGUAACUACACCUGAUGCUGCUAUCAGGUUGCUGACAAUGGUGGCAACAGCUGGCAAAAUACCAUCGCAGCGUUUGUUGGAUUCUGCUGAAGCAUUGGCAUUUCAGUUGAAAUCAAUUCCUGAAGAGCUACAGAAGCCAGAAGUGCAGCAACAGGCCAUGCUCACUCUUGGUUCUCUAAUUCAUAAAAUUCAAUCAGAAAAUUUGAGCUUGGCAAAGAGGUUGUCGGACAGAUUAACAAAUGAGCUGACACAAGCACACAGAAAAGGAAUGUUUAGAAAUGAUGCAUCUAAGUAUGAGUCUGCUCGUGGCCUGUUGCUUAUUGAUAGUAUUGGGAAUAUUGGAACAGACCUCGUACUUGAUCAUCUCUUACAGCUUGUCAAUGGUAGUGUUACUGUGGCUCCAUCAUAUCGAAGAGCAGCCACACUGGCUCUGAGAAAGUACAACUGCACUAGGAGUGCUGAUACGUUGAGAGCUACGGCUAUGUUGGACAGUCAUGCUUCUGUACGAAAAACAGCUGCAAACAUGUACAGGAAACAUCAAUUACGAGAGGAAUCUUGGGUUAUAGCCGAAAACGAUUUUGUUGAAGGAGGCAGUAGAAGCAGUAGUUCAGAAGCUACUCUGUCUCGUGGGAAGAGAUCAUUGCUUGCUGUGAAUCCUUUACAAGAUCUAACACGUUCCUUCAAACUGUCUACUCCGUCUGUAAAUUGGCACAAGCGGCUUGGUAGCGAUGACAUUGGAGCUGAUUUUGGAACAUCUGCGUCAAACAAGAUGGAAUUGACUAUCGAUCCAUGGAAAUCAGACUUUAGUGCAGACAUGAAGAUGAAAUCAUGGGUUAAUGCAAAGCUGGGAUAUCUCAACUUGGAUGUAGAGCUUUUGGAUGUUGAUACGUGUUUUAAUGGAAACUUUGGAUAUGAUGUCAACGUAAUGAAGAGUUAUCAGUUGGGAAGACUUCAAGAAGAAGCUGAAGAAUUUGAUCAUAUUGCCGACACUUUGGCGUCAUCUAUUCAUUCAGCUGCUGUUCAUCUUGCAGACAGACUGGCUGAAGUCUCUCAGGCUGACAGCAUACUCAAAAUAUUUGAUCAUUUUAAGGCUGCAGUUGAGCAACUGCCGUCUGGUUCAGAGUCUGUUGAACAGACAUUGACAGUGGCUGUGUCAAAAUCUCGAUUGUACGCUGGUUUGCCUUUGAGUGGCAAUAUUACUGAUGUAUUGAGUCGAUUUAGAGCAUUGCAUUCAUCCAUAAAGGGUCAUGUACUAGAGUUAUAUCAUUCUGUUUUGAGUGCUGCUGCUGUGGAUCUUCCAUUUGCUGCACACGAGAUUGAUGGCUCACUGGAUGUCAUACAAUCAAGUCUUCAACACUUUCAUAUGUCUCCACAACAAGCAAUGGAUGAGAUCUUGCACAGCAAUCUGCGGAUUAAAGCAGCAGUAGUUUUAAGCACUAAAGUCAAGGAGUCUUUAGACGCUGCUUGUUCCGUAAGUGCAGAUGAUUGUGGCUCGUGGUUGACAUUGGCUGGCUCAACUGGGGAACUUGAAAAUGAUAUCAACAGUUUGGCGUCAGAGCUUAAUGCUUUCAGUAUUGAUACAACAAACAAAAAUGGGAUUGGUGUUACAGUUCUAGAGCAGCAACUUAAAGCUUAUUCUGAUUUGUCGUCACUAUUUAGCCAAUCUCUUAUUGCUGCUUUGUCUGAUCUUCAGUCAUCAUUUGCACCAUUUCAAGCAGCGUAUGUUAAACUGGAUCAAACAGUUGCAUCCCUUGAAUCAACAAGCAAUGAACUUAGACAGAGGUAUGAACAAGCUAAAGGAGAGGUGGAUAGAAUAUUUGGUAUUCACUUCGAUCAUCGCUUUCCUAAGAGCUUGAGGCAGUGCAAUGAUACGUGUGGAUGUGGGCUUUACCCGACUACUACAGAUGGUAAAUUUUCCGAGCCGGGCAUUGAUCUUGUUACAAAGGAAAAUGAGGAGGUGGUAUCUCCCUUUUCUGGACUCAUUCGAUUGUCUAACUCAUCAGACUUGAGUGGUUCCACCACAUGGGCUUUGCAACUUUUCCCAUCUGAUUUUAGUCUUUCCAAUUAUGAGAUUUUAAUAGACAAUAUCAUUCCUGUUGCAUCACUGUCACGUAACUUGCAACGCAUGAAAGCUGGAGAGCCUCUUGGUAGGUCGAGAGGAAAUGGUGGAUGUAGCUCCAAAGACUUUAUCCAUGUGAUCAUGAAACAGAGAAGUGAUAGUCAAAGUGAAUCUUUAUACAUUGAUCCUUCAGGUCUUCUCCAACCAGUUAGGUCACCUCAAGUGACAUCAUCUGUGGAGUGUAACGACUACACAGUCAUUUACAAGGGAGAAGUAGUCAAAAGAGGAGCUCUUAUUUCUAACUCCAAUCUAGAGCACAAGAAUUUGAAUCUUAUUCGAUCAGGUGGAAGACAAAGCUUAUCGAAUAUUAAAUCAUCAUUUGCUAAUACCGAUCAACCUAGUGAUGGUACUUCCCAGCAAAACCUGAUAUCUGAGCAACUUGAUAAGUAUCAAUGGUCAACAGCUACAUCUGGGAUUCUUCCAAUUUAUCCAAAGUCUUGGAAUGAUCCUGUUGAUGUCGUUGCUCCUAGUGCAGCAAUUGACUCACUGACUGUCACGGAGGUAAACAGUAUCCUGAAGAGUGCAGGAAGUGUGGCACUUUUGGAAGAGUUUGGUACAACUUUGAGUCAACUUAUCACAAUUGAGGCAACAAAACGUUGUUACUCACUUAGUGAAGUCACUAUCUCAGAACUCCAGGUUUGGUUGCUGGAAAUGGGAAGGAGUGCUAGUGGAUCAAGACAGCAACUGAUAGCAAGACUUCUGAUGCAUCCCAGUCAAGGUUGUCCUGGUUUAGAGUUGUCACUGAUUCAAGGUCUCUCUCAUGUCUACUCAAUUGAAGAUGAUUGCUCAAGCAUCACAGCUUGUAUAUUGUUGCAAUAUGGAUUUGCCAAUUUUCCAACACUACUGACAGUCAAGCACAAUCCAUGUGGUAACAAUGUAACAUUUAUGAUCGGCAGCUGGUCUAAUACCAUUGCUUCAUCAAUGAAUUUUAGCUUUGAAGUUGAUGUCAAUGCAACUGAUCAAGUCAGGGUGUACUUGGAAGGCAACGCUAUUGUCUCCGAUAAAGAGAUUGUUGUCACAUUGACUGCACAACUUUGUCAUCCAAAUACACUGGACUGUUCACCUUCUUUGUCAGUUCUAAACCAGUCUAUCUUCGAUACAUUGUGCAACCCAGAAUCAACAGCAAACAAAACUGAUUUAGACAGUUUGACAUUGAGAAAACUUGAUAGCAGACUCAGAGCAGCUGGAGUAGAUCCAUUGAAAGUAACUGAAGUUGCUAAUGAAUUUCGAGCUGCAUCUUUAACUCAGGCUAUUGGGUCAACAAGUGAACUUAGAGAAUCAUUUGUCUCAGAGUUUCCACAACCCUAUGACCUUAUCAUGGAGGAGACACAAAGCUUUUUGUUUUCAAAUGAAACAUUUUUUGAAUACCAGACAUCAUUUGUUGUUUCAACCGUUCCUGUUACAUUUCAGUUUGGAGCAAAAGGUUACUAUGCAGUCGCUUUCGAUGUCAGCUUCUCUGCUCUAGGCAAAGAACUGAAGUCAACACUGACUACAAGCAUCUUAGCUGACACAUAUGGCUAUGCCAGACAGGGAAAUCUACAAUAUUCUGAGGUCUCGAUUAGUGGCAAACUAAUUGAAGCUCGCUAUCCAACUUAUGUUAAUGCAUCAUUCAGCAGGUGGCCACUAGUAGUCGGAUCAAACAUGGAUCUGACGCUUGCAUCAACAAACUUGCUAUUGACAACAAAAACUAUUCGUGAUGCUGUCUCUGAAAAGAGAACUAUUUAUUCAAAAGAUUUAUGGAGUUACCAAACACCUCCUAUUGAUCUUAACAUGUUUGUUCACACUAAUCAAAUUAGUGACAAAUCACCACCAAUUGUGUCUUCUAUAUUCUCGAACAAUCCCGAUAUUGAGAUGGACACAAGACUUUGCUAUGUUCGACAGUUACCAGGAAGAUCUAAUCGUGAUCCUGCAUAUGAAAUUGCUGUGCAUGUAUCAGAUGAUAUUAGUUCUGUCAAGAAGUCAUAUUAUAUUGGUCGCAUUCCUGGUGAGAACGAUGUACUAAUGGAACAGACCAUCAGAGGUUUAUCACUGACUGUCGCUGGAUCUCUUGUCAACAACGUGAGACUGUAUUUCACAGUUGUUGCUGAAAACCUAGAGGGUAUGAAGUCAUAUGGUGUCUGUGAACUGCCUAGUUAUGAUGUCUCACUUCCGACUGGUUGGAUUUUGCCAUCAUACACUCUCACAAGCCACCCAUCAGAUCUUUCUGCUACUAUUAUGGUGGCAUACAAUUCACCACUUCAAGACGCUCAGCUAGUAGCAGUUGGUCUUGGUGCAGGACAGUAUGGAGAUCAGCAAUUGGCGUGGAGUGAAUUCGCAACAGCUGAAUUGUCAACUGAACCAGAUACAUCUUUAGAUCCUUUGAAUGGCUUUGGCUCUUCACAGAAUGGUCGUUUACCUGUUUCUCCUGCUGCUACUUCAAUGAAUGUCAUGUCUGCUGACUUGUGUGCUCAAGAAUGUUUAGCAUUAGAAGAGCCAAAGUGUUUGUCAUUUGAUUAUAAUGAAGACGAUAAGCUGUGUCUUCUCUAUGACUCUGUAUUACAAGUGGGUUUGGAUUUGGCUGUUUCUGAUGGCACCCAGCACUACAUUCGACUUGGAGCUGGCAACACUCUGGAGAUGUCGUGGUCCAAUUUUAAUCUUGAACACAAUAGGCUGUACCACAUCAAUGUCAAGGUGACUAACAAGCUUGGCUACAUGUCAACAAUCUCAUCAAAACCAAUACUUGUCGACUUAACUCCUCCAUCACCUGGACCAAUUAGAAACGCAGUGUUAGACGAGGAAGUGUCUGUUGGGUGUCCAACCGUAUUUGCUGAUAGAUGCAUCAAAGAGUCACCUCUUUCUAAAGGGAGGCGGAUAACUGAUGGUCCUGAAUCUGAAACCGUGUUUCUUGGUCAGACUUCUUUAGAAGAAGUUGCGUACUCAAAAGCCACACACUACAUUGCAGCUAACUGGGAUGGAUUUCAUGAUGAUGAGAGUGGCAUAUAUGGGUACACAUGGUGUGUCGGUUCAAGUCUGGGCGCUUGCGACGUCUACGCAGAAUCUGAUCCACAACAAGAAGAUAGGGAAACAUCAGGUAGAGUAAAACGAGGAAUGAGAAAUACUGUAAAUGCAGUGUGA